AUGGCUGGUUGUCUGCAAAGAGGGAGGCUGAGUACAAGAGCACUUCUGAAGUGCUUCUUUGUAUUGUCUUUAUUAGGAUGUUGUCUCUCUACAACCAAUGCAGAUACUUUUGACGCAGUUUUUCGUCAUAGGCACCGAUCUGGACCUACUGCUGAAACAAUUUUGGUAGCCAACAACGGGAUUAGAGUUCCCUUUGGACGCUCUGUGUAUCUGGAUCCUGUCAAUGACCUUGUUACUGAAGUGCAUGCAGGAGACCGCUGUCAUAUUACAGUCCUGGAUAAUGACCCACUUGCACAAAGACCUGGAAUGCUAACCCCCAAGAAGUUCCCCUGUGCUUUUGGAGCAGAAGAGGUCAAAUACACUCACUUCGGUUCCCGGAGCCCUAGCAAGGAUCACAUAAAACUGCAGCUGAGGUAUGACUCCCACACAGACACUGUGGUGGUUCCUUUUGUUCUCGAAGUAGAAGUGGUAUUUCAGCAACUGGAGAUUCUCACUCGUAACAUGCCUCUGGUUGUGGAGAAGCUCAAUGGUCUAAGUAACCCGAUUGACAAAAAAACCUUAGAGUUCGCUUUUGAAGAUGGUGUCACUACAUGCAAGGUGACCACGCUAGUUGGUGCGGGCAAGUUUCCCAGGUAUGGCACUCUUACUGAUAACUCGGUUAAUGGGCAGAUGAUUAAUUGUGAUGAUUUUCUCAAGAAGGGAAUUCAGUAUAAGCAUACUGCCACAACCAAUUCUCCCAACAGAGAUUACAUUCCAAUGCUAGUGGAAGUACAAGACAAUGAUGGUAAUGCUAUUCAACAAGAGCAUUUUCAGAUAAUGGUUAGAAUCAAAGAGGGUACUGAAAAUACGCCACCUAAGCCUAGCUUUAUAUCUAUGAUGAUGAUGGAGAUUGACCAAUUUGUGAUGACAGCCAUAACUUCAGAAAUGCUGGCAGCUGAGGAUGUUGAAUCAAGAUCUGAUCAAUUAAUUUUUAACAUAACAUCUCCUCUCGGGUAUCAACAGGGCUAUAUUAUCAGCACAGAUGAUCAAAACCAGCCAAUCACCUCUUUUUAUCAGAGAGACAUAAAGGACCUGAAAAUAGCCUAUAAACCUCCCUCUGAGGAUUCAGAUGUGGAAAGAAUUUUCCAGAUUGAAUUUAAAAUUAUUGACACUGAUGGAGCUGUGUCUGAUAUUUUUGCUUUUAUGAUUGUUGUAAAACCAAUGAACACUUUAGCCCCAGUGGUGACCAAAAAUACAGGACAGCUGCUUUUUGAGGGACAAUCAAGAUCUCUAUCCAGCUCACAAAAUUUAGAGAUUAGUGAUGAGGACAAUCUUGAUGAUGUGAAGAUAACUGUGGUUGAUGGCUUAAAACAUGGAGAGCUGACUGUGUUAGGGUCUCAAAGAAAGUUUUUCACACCUGCUGAUCUGGAUGCUGGAGUUGUUGUAUACCAGCACGAUGGAAGUGAUACCUACAGUGACAACAUUAUAUUCAGAAUGACAGAUGGCAGUAAUGAAGUAGAGUUUUUGUUUCCCAUCACCAUCGCCCCCACCGAUGACGAACCUCCCAUUAUAAACGCCAAUACAGGUAUUGCUCUUUUUAAAAAUGAAGUAAUGCAGAUCUCCCCCUUCAUCCUGAGUGCAACUGACAUUGACUCUGAAGACUCAACCAUUAAAUUUAUAUUAGAAGAGCCUUAUUCACUGAUUGGAGAGCUGCUCCUCAAGCAGGCGGAGCCUCCGCAAGACCCAUCUGCGUGGAAAUUCAGCUCAACAGAUGAGAUGUUUGAACAGGUGGUGACGGAAUGGUUCCAGCAAGAUAUUCUGGAUGGAAAGCUGUUUUAUCGUCACAAAGGUCCUCACAGUACAACCACUGUGAUUGACCAGUUUGUCUUCAGAGUCCAGGAUGACAACGACCCACCAAAUCAGUCAGGAGAACACACAUUUACCAUUAAAAUCCAUCCAGUGGAUGACAUACCUCCAGAACUUUACUCUGGCACCACACUACACAUGACAGUCAAAGAAUACGAGCUGACAUUUUUUAUGAAGAAAUCUCUACGUUACACAGAUCUGGACUGUGAUGACAGGGACCUUAAGUACACAAUCAUCAAACCUCCAACUGACACAGAUGAAAACAACCCCAUUCCUCUUGGUGCCAUUGUGUUGACUGACAGGCCUGACAUUAUAAUAAGUGAGUUUACACAAGCUCAGGUCAACCACCAUAAAGUGGCAUACAAACCCCCGGAGCAAGAGCUUGGUAUUACUCCAAAAAUGCUCCAGUUUACGUUCACUGUGGAGGACACGGCUAGCAAUUCUGUUGAUGGAGUUUUUACCAUAAUUUUACAGCCAGUGGACAACAAACCACCUGUAAUUACAAACACUGGUUUCACUGUUCAGGAGCAAAAUACGUUUAUAAUAACCAGAAAUGAACUAAAUGCCUCUGACCAGGACACAGAGGAUGAAAAUAUUGUAUUCACAGUGACCCAGAUUCCGAGAUUUGGACAGCUGCAGUAUUUGGAAAUUGACAUGUCUAAUGGAGAGACUUUUGUGUUGGAGGACAUUGAAAACAGUCGACUGGCCUAUAUUCACAGUGGUGAAGAAUCUCUCAGUGAUGUCAUUAAACUUGACAUUAGCGAUGGCUUCCAUGAGGUGCCUAUUGUCAUAAAAAUCAGCAUCAAGCCUGUCGAUGAUGAAACCCCAACCAUUAUAUUACCUUCUGGUUUGUUUGGAGCUUCCAUUGAUGUACUUGAGAACGGUGCAACAGAAAUCACCAGCAAUGUCAUUCAGGGUCAUGAUAAAGACACAGAUGACCUCAUGCUCACUUUCAUAGUAGAUGAGCGUCCCAGAUUGGGUGAAAUAAUGGUAAGGGGAGCUCCUGCUGAGCGCUUCACCCAGCAUGAUAUAAUAAAUGGUGUGGUUGUCUACGUUCACACAAGUGGUGAGAUUGGCCCUAUCAAAGAGCAUGAUUCCUUCAACCUCACCAUAUCUGACAUGUCUGACGAAUGGGUUGUUGGUGGCAACAAAGUCCAAGGCGUUCGUGUCCAUGUCACCAUCCUACCUUUAGACAGCAUCCCUCCUGUAGUUAGUGUGGGUGACCAGUUUGUAGUAGUAGAGGGUGAAAAGAAUGUUAUCACAUUGGAGCACAUUCAAGCUGAGGAUAUUGACACUGAUAAUGAUGAUAUCUUGUGCACUAUUAUUGUUCAGCCCACAUCUGGUUAUGUGGAGAACAUUUCACCAGCUCCAGGGUCUGAAAAAUCCAGAGCAGGCACUGCCAUCACUGCUUUUACAAUUAAAGAUGUUGGUCUUAGCCACAUCUAUUAUGUUCAAAGCAUUCACAAGGGUGUGGAGCCAGUGGAGGACAGGUUCACUUUCCGCUGCUCUGAUGGUAUUAACUUUUCAGAAAGGCACCUUUUUCCCAUUGUCAUCAUCCCAGCCAACGAUGAAAAGCCAGAGAUAUUCAUCCGUGAGUUUGUCGUGAUGGAGGGAAUGAGUUUGGUGAUUGACACUCCUAUUUUAAAUGCUGCUGAUGCUGACAUUCCAGGUGAUGAAUUAUCUUUUGAGAUCAUUGAAAAUCCCAAACAUGGAAACAUAGUCCAGCAGUUAAGUACUGGCACAGUUCCAGAAGUGAAAUUUUCCUUAAAGCAGAUCAAGGAGGCAUCUAAUAUAGUUUAUGAGCAUGAUGACUCUGAAACCAAGGAAGACCAUUUCAAAAUUAGACUAACUGAUGGAAAGCAUACUGUUGAGGAGAAGGUCAUCAUAAUUGUUAUUCCUGUUGAUGAUGAAACCCCAAGAAUGGCGAUCAAUGAUGGUCUUGAAGUAGAAAUAGGAGAAACCAAAGUAAUUAGCAACAAAGUCCUGAAGGCCACUGAUUUGGAUUCAGAGGACAAAGAGCUUACUUACGUCCUCCGUUAUGGCCCCGGUCAAGGCUAUCUCCAGCGAAUCACCAAACAUGGAGUUGUCACUGGCAAUAUUAGCAUUGAAAUGAAUUUCACUCAAGAUGAACUUGACAAACAGCUGAUUCAGUACGUUCACACAGGCCAGGAAGGUAUCCGUGACCUACUAAAGUUUGAUGUAACAGAUGGAAUUAACCCGCUAAUUGAUCGCUACUUCUACAUUAAUAUUGGCAGCAUCGAUAUGGUAUUCCCUGAUGUUAUUAACAAGGGUGUUACCCUCAAAGAGGGAGGUAAGGUCACCCUAACCACAGACCUUCUCAGCACAACUGAUAUCAACAGUCCAGAUGAAUAUCUAAGUUUCAGCAUCACACGAGCACCCAGCAGGGGUCAUCUGGAAUGUACUGAUCUCCCAGGUGUGCCCAUCUCCACCUUCUCUCAGCUACAGCUUGCUGGCAACAAAAUUUACUACAUCCACACAUCUGACGAUGAAGUGAAGAUGGACAGCUUUGAAUUUGAGGUGACCGAUGGCUACAACCCUGUGUUCCGCACCUUCCGUGUAUCCAUCACUGAUGUCGACAACAAGAAGCCAGUCGUAACGAUAAAUAAACUAGUACUGAGCGAAGGAGAAAGCAAGCUGAUCACACCCUUUGAACUGACAGUGGAGGAUCGGGAUACACCAGACAACCUGUUAGGAUUUAUAGUGACUCAGGUGCCAGUUCAUGGUCAACUUUUGUUUAACGGAACUCAAGUCAUUACAACAUUCACCAAGCAGGACCUAAAUGAGAAUCUCAUUACUUAUGAUCAUGAUGGCACAGAGACAAAUGAAGACAGCUUCUCCUUUACAGUAACUGAUGGAACUCAUACUGAUUUUUAUGUUUUCCCCAAUACUGUUUAUGAAACUCGUAAGCCUCAGACGAUGACCAUUUAUAUUAACACAAUGGACAAUGGAGUGCCUCAAAUUGUUAUUAACAAAGCAGCACCCACUCUCAGAGUUCUUCAUACUGGGCACCUUGGCUUUUUGAUUACCAGUAAGGUUCUAAAGGCUGAAGACAGAGACAGUCCAAACAAAGUGCUCAAGUACAUUGUGACCAAAACCCCUCUCCAUGGCUUUAUUAUGAAUGCAGCGUUGGGCAAUGACAGCAUCAAAUCCUUCUCACAGGCUGAUAUUGAUGAUAUAAAGAUUUGUUACGUGCUUCUGGAUGGGUCCAACGCCACAAGUGACAUAUUCUACUUUACAGUGGAAGACAAUGGUGGUAACAAGUUGAAGCCACAACCGUUUCGCCUAAACUGGGCCUGGAUAUCUCUGGAGAGGGAAUACUACAUAGUGGAUGAGGAUGCUAAAUUUCUGGAGGUCACCCUCAAACGAAGGGGAUACUUGGGAGAGACAUCAUUUGUCAGCAUUGCCACCAAGGACGGCACUGCAAAAGUGGACAAAGACUUCCGAGGCAAAGCUCAGAAACAGGUUCAGUUCAACCCUGGCCAAACCACUGCAACCUGGAGGGUCAAGAUAUUCACUGAUCAAGAGUUUGAAACUUCAGAGAUGUUCCAAAUCCAGCUCUCUGAACCAGUAAUGGCUGUUCUCGAGUUUCCUGAUAUAGCCACUGUGGAGAUUGUGGAUCCUGGUGAUGAGUCUACAGUGUUCAUCCCUCAGGCAGAAUAUCGUAUUGAAGAGGAUAUAGGAGAACUGCUAGUCCCGGUCCACAGAUCAGGAGAUGUCAGCCAGGAACUCAUGGUGAUAUGUUACACUCAACAAGGCAGCGCAACUGGCACCACCCCCAGCACUGUGCUCUCCUAUUCUGACUACAUCACAAGACCCGAGGACCACACCAGUGUUCUGCGUUUUGACAAGGAUGAAAGGGAAAAGCCAUGUCGCAUUAUAAUAAUUGAUGACUCCCUCUAUGAGAAAGAGGAGAGCUUCAACGUGUCACUCAGUAUGCCUAUGGGUGGCCAAGUGGGAGGCAAGUUCCCCAGUGCCAAAGUUGUCAUCUUGGCUGAUAGUGAAGAUGAGCCAUCGUUCUACUUUGGAGAGACGGAGUACACAGUGGAUGAGAGUGAUGGUUUUGUGGAGGUAAAAGUGUGGAGGACUGGCACUGACCUUUCAAAGACAGCCACCGUUACAGUCCGGUCCAGGAAGAGUGACCCUGUUUCAGCAGAAGCGGGUCUAGAUUAUGUGGGAAUCAGUCGUAAUUUGGAUUUUGCUCCAGGAGUGACCGUACAGACUUUCCGUGUCACAAUCCUGGAUGACUUGGGUCAGCCAGAGCUGGAAGGACCAGAGAUGUUUGAGAUGGUGCUGCGUAUGCCAAUGAACGCAGUUCUUGGAGAGCCUAGCAAGACUGUCAUUACCAUAAAUGACAGUGUCACAGACUUGCCCAAGGUGCAGUUCAGAGAGGUGGAGUACAAGGUGGAUGAGGCUGAUGGAGAAUUAAAGGCAAUGGUGUACCGUAGUGGUGAUGUCAGUCAGAGGUCCACAGUUCGCUGUUAUACUCGCCAGGGAUCUGCCCAAGUCAUGAUGGACUACAAUGAGCGACCUAAUGCUGAUGCCUCUAUCAUAGAGUUCCUAUCAGGUGAAAUUGAGAAGCCGUGUGUUGUUACUUUUGUGGAUGACUCCAUUCAUGAGGAGGAUGAGGAGUUCCGCUUAGUUUUGGGUACACCAAAGAGCAAAUCACCAUAUGGUGCUUCAGUAGGUGAACAAAAAGAGACUCUGGUCACCAUCACCGAUCAUAAGGACAAACCCAUCAUCAGGUUCGCUGAGAUCAAAUACAGCAUUAAAGAGCCACAGGUUCCUGCCGAGAUUGCUAUAGUGAAGAUCCCUGUCCUGCGUCAGGGUGAUACAUCCAAGGUUUCUGUGGUGAGAAUUCACACCAAGGACGGCUCUGCAACAUCAGGAGAGGACUACAAUCCUCUUUCUCAAGACGUGGAGUUUAAGGAGGGUGAGACAGAGCAUAUUGUGGAGAUUAAGGUGCUUUAUGAUGGACAAAGAGAGAUCCGUGAGGCUUUCACCGUUCACAUGAAGCCUGACGAGUAUAUGGUGGCUGAGACCCAGAUGAACAAGGCUAUUGUGUACAUUGAAGAGAUGAAUAGUGUGGCUGAUGUCACCUUCCCAGCUGUGCCUCAGGUUGUGUCAUUGCUGUUGUACGAUGAUACGACUCGGGCUAAGGACAACCCCCACCCUCAGACUGGAUAUCCUGUUGUGUGUGUGACUGCCUGCAACCCCAAAUACUUUGACUUUGAUAAGACUGGCUCCAUUUGCUCAGUAGAAAACAUCAAUGACACACUGACUCAGUACCGGUGGUUAGUUAGUGCCCCGAGUGGACCAGAUGGAGUUACCAGCCCCUUGAGGGAAGUGGACACCAACACCUUCUUCACUAACACCAAGUCUAUCGUGCUGGACUCAAUCUAUUUCCAGGCUGGCUCCCGAGUGCAAUGUGCUGCCCGAGCCAUAAAUGCCAAUGGUGACGCCGGGCUAGAGCUCAGCUCACCCAUUGCGGUCAUCAGCCGAGAGGAGGGUCUCUGUCAACCUCGUAUACCUGGCACAGUGGGCGCUGAACCAUUCUCAGCUAAAAUUCGGUACACUGGCCCCGAUGACCCUGACUAUCCUAAUCUGAUCAAACUCACUGUCACUAUGCCCCACAUGGAUGGCAUGCUGCCAGUUAUCUCCACGCGUCCGCUGUCCAACUUUGAGCUGACUCUUAGUCCAGAUGGGACACGAGUCGGGAACCACCGCUGCUCUAACCUUUUAGAUUUUAAUGAGAUCCAGACAGCACAUGGCUUCAUUACUGAUGGCACCAAGAACCCAGAAAUUAUUGGCGAAACAGCACCGUACCAGUAUAGUGUGGCCAUGCGUAGCGCCAAUUCCCUUCGCUUCUACCGUAACCUCAACCAGGAGGCAUGUCUGUGGGAGUUCAGCAGCUACUUUGACAUGUCAGAGCUGUUGAAUGAUUGUGGGGGAUCCAUUGGCACAGAUGGACAGGUGCUGAAUCUUGUUCAGUCCUAUGUAACAUUACGGGUGCCCCUGUUUGUGUCCUAUGUCUUCCACUCUCCUGUUGCGGUUGGGGGCUGGCAACAUUUUGACCUGCGAUCUGAGCUAAGGCUCACCUUUGUGUAUGACACUGCCAUUUUAUGGCAAGAUGGUAUUGGAAGCCCACCAGAGGCUGAGCUACAAGGUGCCAUGUAUCCUACCAGCAUGAGAAUCAAUGAUGAAGGUCGUCUUGUAGUCAACUUCAAGACUGAGGCUCGAUUCAGGGGGCAGUUUGUCAUGUCUCAUUCAGGAACCACUUUGACCUCCAUGAUAAUGUCAGCUGAUCACCCUGGACUCACAUUCACCCUCACUCUGGUCCGGACUGAACCAACUUACAACCAGCCCAUGCAACAGUGGAGCUUUGUUUCUGACUUCGCCGUAAGGGACUAUUCUGGUACCUAUACUGUGAAGCUGAUUCCUUGCAGUGCUUCACCUAAUGGUGAGUUCAGCAUUCCUCCCGUCUGUCAUCCGCGGGAGCCUCUCACCUUUGACAUGGACAUUCGCUUCCAGCAGGUGAGUGAUCCUGUAGCAGCAGAGUUCAGCUUGAAUACACAGAUGUUUCUGCUGUCAAAGAAGGAGCUGUGGCUGUCUGAUGGUUCCAUGGGCUUUGGCGAGGCAACUGACACUGCCUUUGUUGAAGGUUCUAACAUCUAUGGUCGUGUGAUGGUGGACCCAGUGCAGAAUUUGGGUGACUCUUUCUCCUGCGGCAUAGAGAAGGUUUUCCUCUGUACAGGCACCGAUGGCUACGUCCCCAAGUACAACCCCAUCAAUAAAGAGUACGGAUGUCUAGCUGAUGCUCCAUCACUGCUUUACAGACUGAAGAUCCUGGACAAAGCCCAGCCAGAAACCCAGGCCACUGCCUUUGGAAAUGUACCGUUUGAUGCUUUCCUGGCUUUGGAUACCCCUGGAGCUCUUUCCUUAGUCCGACAACCUGGAUCUGAUGGCUUCACCUUGUCAUCAUCUCCUCUUUUCCAGGUCGCUGCUGGCCGUGAAUGGUUCAUCCACACCAUCUACACGGUCCGUUCUAGAGAUAAUGCCAACCGUGGUAAAAGAAGCCUUAAGUACCACCAUGCAUUAUCAUCCGCCAUAGCUGAACCUGGCAUACAAAGCCGCAACCGUCGUGCCGUACCUGACCCAGAGGCUUUGGACAUCGGUGCUGAGAAUAACAAAGGCACCAACAUCCAGCACAUUGCUUUGGAAAGCUCCAACCGACUGCGGGUGAGCCAGCCAUGGGGCCGCGAGACUAACUUGGAGCAUCCUCUGGUGGAGGGGAGCCUGAGUAAGGAGCCCGGUUCCGAUUUCUCUCUUCCCAACGGUAUGUCCACAUUGCUGGGGGUGGCUGGGCUCAUCCUGCUGGUUUGUCUGGUAAUAUUGCUGGUGGUUCUAUUGAUGCGCCGCAAGAGGAAAGAGAAAAAGUAUCCAGCGUAUUCCACUUCCUCCUGCGCAGCCUACGGCAGAAACACCUCACACGUGAGGAGCAACCGAGAUAGCUCUGAGGUGUAAACUGCCCAUUGUUUCCUCAAAUCAUCCUUGUUCAUUCAAACAUUCACACAUAAAGUAUAAGGUUGCUCAAAGAAGCAUAGCCCAUGAUGUUGAGGACACAUAGAUAUUCAAGGUGAGGAAACAGUGCCGGCAUUUUAAGCCUCACUAAAAAUGACACCACCUCAUUUGUGGCUUCGGCCAAGUUACAAUUGCCAUCUUAAUUCUGAACUGAUCAAAUGUUCAUCAAUUAGGCAAUGAAGACAUCUUGCCUCGAAAGAUGAGUAGUGGCUCUCAUAUGACCUAGUCAAACAAAUGGAGGUUGCUUGUUGAGCUUAGUAAUAAUAUUGUUGUAGUGUGCUCCUAUUGGUGGAUCUGUGAACCAGAGCUGGCCGCAGUAAACAUGUGCUCAGACAAACAGAGGAAAUCUGUGCUUCGCUGUUACCUCAGCUUGUAUCUAAAAAUUUAACAUGAGCUUAAUUUCAUUAGAUGAAAAAAAAGUAAACAAAUAUUUUUUUAAUUUCAAAGCAAAAAUAAAGGUCACCUCACUUUGGCAUGAAUAAUAUAUUGGCCAGCAGUGACCGCUACAAUUCAGCAAUUUAAAUUUUGUCAGGAGUAUUGAGAGUAGUUGUAUUUUUUAAAAGCAGUCUGUUUUAUUUAUAUGUAACAGUUCUUAUGCCAGUGUGGGAGAUUCAUGAGCAAUCGAAAAGAUGCAGGAACUGGUUUCUUUACACUUUUAUGUGUUAAAUCUAUUUUUAUAUGCCUCAUGAGAUUAACUGCUGUGUACAAGAGCACAUAUCCAUGUUCCCACAUGAUUGUAUUGCUUGAAAGGGAGCAUCAUGUUUAUUAAUUGAGGCUCGUAAAUAUUCAGAAUGUAUUUUUUAUAAAUUUUCCGGACAUAUAAAAUGAGGUUCAGAAUGACAUGAAAUUGUGUGAACAUAGCUGUUCACAUCUGGUGUCAAAAGGAGAGAGUUUCAUCAAAAGGUUUUAGUAAACCCCUGGUAAAACUAGAAACGAUGUCAACCCAUACAAUUAUAUCAAAUCAUUUUGACUAAGGUGCUUUUUCACUUCCAAAAUAGCCAUAACCUUUUUACUGUUCAAGCAUUGUGUAAUGCAUUCAAAUUAAAUUGCUUCAUAUAUAUAUUUUUAUUAAUAGCAGUGGACAAUACACCAAUCAUUAAAUGUUAUUCCGUUUCCCAACUUUUAUAUUUUUUCAUGAAUACUAUAUUGUGUAAUUGCUGGUUUAGUCACCAGCAGAUUCAAAGAAACUACUGACCAUUAUCCUUGUUGCUAUAUUUUAUCACACCUUUUAAUACAAGGUUGGUGUACUUGUAGUUCAAAACUGCCUCACCUGAAAUGCACAAGAUUUCUCAUAGCCAACAGAUAAUGAAUGAUAGUUUACCUUACUUUGAAUUUUAGUUUUCUUGACGUUGCAGAAAGAUACUUGUUUCAUAAUAAAGUGCCUGUUGAAAUGCUUUAAGUAUAAAUUAGAAAUCUUCUUCUCUAACCUGUGAUGAGUUUUAAUUAAACUUUCAAUUCAAUAGUUCCUUGGCGUACUUGACAUGCAACAUGUCUCAAAGUACAAUAUAUCUACACUGGAAAAUAAGGUGUGUUUGAAGUUUAUACUCACUGGGCGGAAGAAAAAGCUGGGGUAUCUUCAACCAUAGAUAUAUAUAACUAGAUGCCGCAUUGUCCGCGUCAAAGUCGCCACCCUAUUUUGAAAAAUCAAAACAAUUUGUCUAUACUAUGUACUGCUAUUUCAAAUUUACAAUGCACGGCAGUAUUUGUUUUACUACAUCACAUACAUCAUAUUUUACUGCUGUAACGGGUAUACAGGAUACAAUAAAGAACUUCUUUCAUCUUUUUAUCCUCUUAAAUUACUGCAGAAAAAGUCAUUUCCACAGUGAAAAAACAUUUGUUUUUUAUAACAUGUACCUUAAACUAUAAUACUUUGGGUGUUUAAUUCGAUGAUAAAAAUAAAUCUCAGAAACAAUC